AUGGACUUCUGCUCGCAAAUGAAACGGCGGAUACGCAUGCUACUGCGGCCUGAAUUUUCGCGGGCCGUCAAAUCCUGGGCUAUCGAGAAUUCUCCACCUAAAGAAAAGCAACCACCUAUAUACGCACUUCACGGUGAUGCGAUAUAUUGCAUUAUUUCCUCACUACCUCCGGCCGAUGCAGCUGCAUUUGUUCUCGCAUCCAAGUUCUUCUGGCAGGUAGCUGGUGGUCAGACUUUCCUUAACCGAAUGUUAAGUGACACUGCCAGUCGCCUAGAUUUUUUAGAGAGGAUCGAAGCCUGUUUUCCCAAGCAUGUGCUCUGCUACCGUUGCCAAAAAUUCCAUGUCCGAUGCAAGGAGUAUCCUCUUCUAAAGCCAGGUCAAUGCGAUGCAGAAAGCGCUAUUCAUUUCUUUGGGCCCAAGACGAUGGAGGGUAUGAAACAUACUCCGUGCUUGCUAUACAGAGAAGCAAAAGAUGUCAUGAAUCAUUAUCGGUUCGGCCCUAGGCAUGGUAAAUGCGCUGCUACCGUUACGCAUACCCGUACCUUUUUCCUUGAAAUAAGUAGCUCGCCCUUCCCCACUCACGGUGUCUGGAACUUUGACAUCAAAUACAUUUCAAAUAACUUGAUCCUAAAAGAAGACAUAUGGAUUAUGUAUCACCUAGCGCGUCCGGCAGAUGGAAAAAGCCUUUUAGAUGGCUGGAAAAACCACCUGCUACCUACAAUUUCGCUGGACGGUGAAGAAGUUUACUACCGUUACCGAUGCCCUGUCAGCUCCUCGGAGAGAGAGUUUCGAGUCUCUCGUCUGCGACAUAGGCCAGGACAUAAGUUAAUUCGGAGCACCAUUUGGGAGAACCUUGGACCCUGCAAAAAUUCCUACGGAAGUUUAUGGGAGCAUGGAACUGAGUUCACUCCCUGUAAGUCUAAUCCGGUAGUUAUAAAACCUGAAGAGCUCCGAUACAAACACCAUUUCGAUUCCAAAAUACCAUCUCGAGAUUAUCGAGGGCAAAAGAUCAAUUUUUGGUAA